AUGAAGAGUUUCAAGAAAAUUCUAUCUUAUUCUCAUAUAAAAUUUGUCAAUUCUGCCAUUUUCUGCCACAAUUCGUUGACAGAAUUGACAAAAAAAUAUGAAAAAUUAAAAUUUUUCAUAUAUUGUAAUGGUACGUUGUUGGACCAUGUGCAGCGAUCUAAAAUAUUCAAUGACUGCAAACAUUUCGUUGAUUUACCUCUUCGAUAUAAUCCUGAUGUUAAAAUGUUCGGCUCUCUUUUCGAUCAACUUCUAAUUUGGCAUUCGCCGUUAGAAAGGUACGCUAGUCGUUUUAAGCGUGAAAUAACAUUAAAUAAAUGGAAUGAAUUAUUGAAAAAUAAUCGUUUAAUGAAAGAAGAAAUAAAGCAAUUUAUAAAAACAUAUUUUGACGAAUUAAAUAAUGAUUUGGAAUGUGCAAUACCAAAUGAUUAUAUUGAUAAGAACGACUUUGUUUUUGAUAAAAUACAAUGCAAAGAAUACCAAAUUUGGGCGAAAGAAUUACACCGAAAAUGGCCGAAAUUAUGUCGAAAGGUAUCAAAAAAUGUAAAAAGUUAUCCAUAUAAUUAUUCGAUAAUAAAUAUACCAAAUAUAUUUGUAAUACCUGGUGGAAGAUUUCGUGAAAUGUAUUAUUGGGAUAGUUUUUUUAUAAUAAAAGGUCUACUUGCAUCAAAAAUGUAUUCGACUGCUUGUGGAAUUAUUGAAAAUAUUGGUUAUAUGAUUGAUAAAUAUGGGUUUAUGCCUAACGCGAAUCGUAUAUAUUAUUUAAACCGUUCACAACCGCCAAUAUUAACUUGGUGUAUCUAUUUAUAUUAUAACAUAAGCAAAGACAUCAAUUUUUUAAAAAAAGCGAUUAAAUGGAUCGAAAAAGAAAUUAAAUUCUUCCAAGAAAAAAGAUUGGUUCAUAUAUCAGAUGUUAAUAUAACACUAUUUCGUUAUAAGGUUAAUGUAAAAACACCUCGACCCGAAAGUUAUCGUGAGGAUAUUUUUUCUGCUCAGAAUUUCCUACAAUCUGAAGAAAAAGAGCAUUUUUGGGGUGAAAUAGUUGCUGCAGCAGAAAGUGGACGAGAUUUUAGUUCUCGGUGGUUUUCAGCGAAUGGGCCCUCAGCUGGCAAAAUAGCUUCAAUAAGAACAAGUUCAGUAAUUCCGAUUGAUUUAAAUGCAAUCAUUUGUGGUAAUUGGAAAUUAAUGGCGAAUAUUUAUGAAAUUCUAGAAGAUGAUAUUAAUUCGAAAAUUUAUCUGCAAAAAUAUGAAAAUAUGCGAAAAGCGAUUCAUCAAGUCUUUUUUUUAAGAUUUAAUAUAUCAUCAAUUGUAAACUAUUUAACAAAAAGUGGUGUACUUAUAUUUCCGGGUGGUUUACCGUGCUCAUUAACGGAAUCUGGUGAACAAUGGGAUUUUCCAAAUGCAUGGGCACCUACCACAUGGAUUUUAAUUCAAGGUUUACGGUUCCAUGGUGAAACUCAAUUAGCCAAGCAGAUCGCUGAAAAAUGGAUACGAAAAAGUUAUAAAAUGUGGAAAAAUUCUGGAGGUCAAAUGUAUGAAAAGUAUAAUGUGCUCUACGAUUACAAUGGUGGUGGUGGUGAAUAUGAAAUUCAAGAAGGAUUUGCAUGGACGAAUGGUGUUAUACUCGAUUUAUUACUGGUCUAUCCAGAUAUGAAUUUAAGUUAA